ACCAUGGAAGAUUAUACUCAAGAUGGAACCGUUGAUCUCAAAGGGAAUCCUGUCCGUAGAUCUAAGAUGGGUGGAUGGAGAGCUUGUUCUUAUUUUGUUGCGUACGAGGUAUUCGAGAGAAUGGCAUACUAUGGAAUAUCAUCGAAUUUAAUCAUAUACCUAAUAACAAUGCUCCAUCAAGGUACGGUCACUUCUUCCAAUAAUGUCACCAAUUGGGUCGGCACCACUUGGGUGUUGCCCGUUGUCGGCGCUUAUAUCGCCGACGCGCACUUUGGCCGCUACUUAACCUUUGUUGUCUCGUCCAUAAUCUACUUUAUCGGAAUGUUUCUCCUUACACUCUCGGUCUCGCUCCCGAGCCUAAGACCGCCUACUUGCAACGAUCCAAAACUCGUCAAUUGCGAAAAGGCCUCCACUUUUCAACUAGCCUUCUUCUAUGGCGCCCUUUAUAUUAUCGCAAUAGGAACAGGCGGCACAAAGCCAAACAUCUCCACAAUGGGAGCCGAUCAGUUCGACGAUUUCAACCCCAAGGAGAAAACUCUCAAAUUAUCAUUCUUUAAUUGGUGGUUUUUUAGCAUAUUUAUUGGAACUCUCUUUGCCAACAGCCUUCUAGUCUAUUUACAAGACAAUGUAGGUUGGACCUUAGGUUAUGCUCUUCCGACAUUAGGUCUUGCCAUAUCCAUUGCGGUCUUUUUGGCCGGAACACCUUUCUAUCGUCACAAGGUUCCGGCUGGAAGCCCUUUCACGAAGAUGGCGAAAGUUAUCGUGGCCUCGGUAAGGAAAUGGAAUGUUCCACUACCGAAGGACGUGAAACAACUAUAUGAGCUUGGUUUGGAUGAGUAUUCUACAAAAGGAAAGUUCAUGAUUGAUUCAACUCCAACUUUAAAGUUUCUCAAUAAAGCGUGUGUUAAGACGGGUAACACUAGUCCGUGGAUGCUUUGCUCGGUCACACAAGUUGAGGAAACAAAACAAAUGCUCCGAAUGAUACCAAUUCUAACCGCCACCUUGGUUCCAAGCACCAUGAUCACUCAAGUUGGUACUCUUUUCGUUAAACAAGGAACUACUCUCGAUAGAAGAAUUGGCAACUUCGAAGUUCCACCGGCCAGUUUAAGCGGAUUCGUCACGAUAUCCAUGCUUGUUUGCGUCGUUUUAUACGACCAAUACUUUGUCCCAAUGGUGAGGAGGUUCACGAGAAACCCUAGAGGUGUCACUCUCCUUCAAAGAAUGGGGAUCGGCAUUAUCAUCCACAUUGUUAUCAUGCUGAUAGCUUCUUUAACCGAGAAGUAUAGGCUACAAGUGGCUAAGGACCACGGCUUGGUUGAAAGUGGUGGUCAUGUUCCGAUAACCAUAUUCAUUUUGCUCCCCCAAUACGUGCUUAUGGGGAUUGCAGACGCGUUCCUAGAGGUGGGCAAGAUCGAGUUCUUCUAUGAUCAAGCGCCCGAGAGUAUGAAGAGCAUGGGAACUUCUUAUUCCAUGACGUCGCUUGGACUCGGAAGCUUCUUGAGUAGCUUCCUUCUCUCGAAUGUCGCUAGAUUGACCGAGAAUCGCGACCAUAGGGGAUGGAUACUAAACAAUCUCAACGCGUCACAUCUCGAUUAUUACUACGCGUUCUUCACGAUCCUCAACUUAUUGAAUUUCAUCUUCUUUUUGUUUGUGGCUAAGUUGUAUGUGUACAAGGCCGAGGUAUCAAACUCCAUGAAAAUCCUACAAGAUGAAUUAUGA